AUGUCUUCAUCAAAGAGACACUGGCUUAGCAUGUUCAAGUCCAAGCCCUGCAACACUCUCCACCCAUGGCACCGCCACCGUCACAUUCUCAACUCUUCCCUCAAACCACCGUCAACAGCCCCUUCAGGUGGUGCGAGUGAAGAGAGGAGCGCUACAGAGCCAAAGGCGAGAUGGAAUCCGAAGAUGGAGCAAGUACACAUUCUUGAAGCUAUUUUCAAUUCUGGAAUGGUUAAUCCUCCCAAAGAGGAGAUUAGAAACAGCAAAACUAAACUCCAAGAUUACGGUCAAGUCCGCGACGCCAACGUCUUCUAUUGGUUCCAGAACAGAAAAUCAAGAACCAAGCACAAACUCCGCUACGUCCAAACCUCCACCAAAUCGCUGCCGCCGGUUUGGCUUGUGUCGUCACUCCACGGCUCCACCACUAUUAUUGCUGGGUUUGGGUUUGAUCAGCUGCGUGAAAUAGAUACACAAAUUCACCAGCAUCAUGAAGAAGAAAGCAAUUAG